CUUCCAAGUUACCUGGGCAUAGUACAAUUAUUAAAGUAUAAAAAAUAAAUAAUCCUAAAUAGAAUGCAUUCCAAAGUAGAUACAAAAAACCAAUAUGUCCCCAGAGUUAAUCAGAUUGAUGCCAUAAGUUUGAACAAAGAUAUAACUCGACUGAUAAGGGAUAAUCUUUUGGAGAAUUUACAGGCAAUAUCGCCCGUUUUGUUCAUAAAAAUUCAGCCGGAAUUGGAUUUAAUAAUUCAAUCUGCCAUUUGGUUCGGCUCGAUUGGUAAACGCUGUUCCACUUUUGGUCAACAAUUACUGGUACUGGCGUACGAUUCGGAACGUUUAACGUUAUCAAGGUUAAUUUUACAUUUUUGCUUAACUGUCCUGCCCAGUUAUGUAAAGAGUUUGGAAGAGCGCAGAAUAAAUAGACGAUUUGAAUGGUUAAACAAAACUAUCGAAUAUGGAGAGAAUAUGGCACUUGUUUUAUCCAUUUUAAAUUUCUUUAGAUUUCUAAAGACCGGAAGAAAACCAACCCUAAUUGAUUUCUUUUUGGGUUUAGAUUAUAUAAGUCUACGCCAUAAUCAACGAAGAGAUAUUGGAUAUAAAUAUUUAACGAGAGAAUUAUUGUGGGGAGGAUUUAUGGAAAUUUUGGGACUGGUUUUACCUAUUAUAAAUUUUCGUAAAUUACAACGUCUUGGUAAAAGUAUUUUAGGCACCAAAAAAGGUAUCAGUACAACAGAAGCUCAACAGACAUUACAUAAAAUACCCAAACUUUUGCCAUCUUCUACUUGCGUGUAUUGUGGCGAACGUCCAACUUUACCACACUAUAUGGGAUGUGAACAUAUUUAUUGUUAUUACUGUCUGACCGCUAAUAUAUCUACAGAUUCGAAGUUUAGUUGUACAGUAUGUGACACUCCUGUGUCUACUGAAGGCAUUCAGCCUUUGUGAAAAAUUGUACCUUGAAGGUUUUCCUUGCGUAGUAUAUAAGAAACAAACAAAACGGGAUUUUUACAUUACAAUUAUAUUUACAUUACAAUUUUUAAUUUUAAAUGAUAAUCACAUAAAUAGUAAAUGUUUUAUGCAUAUACACUAGGACUAUUUAUAAAUACAUUAUGUUAAAACUAACCUGAAAA